AUGCCACCUUAUCUGAAUAUAUACGAUGGAACAACCAACCCCGAGGAUCAUGUGACCCAUUACGUCACCGCCGUGAAAGGCAAUGACCUCUCCAAGGAACACGUAUCCUCCAUUCUGCUAAAGAAAUUCAGCAAAACCCUCACGGGAGGUGCAUUGACCUGGUACUCGCAACUGCCGGCACGUUCUAUCAAAACCUUCGAGGAAAUGGCCGAUAAGUUCGUGACGGCCCAUGCCGGGGCCAAGAAGGCCGAGGCAAGAGUGAAUGACAUUUUUGCUAUCAAACAGUUCCCGGGAGAAGGACUAAGUGACUUCCUCAUCCGUUUUAACCGAGUAAGAAUGACUUUCCCCAAUGUAUCAGAAGGGAUGGUGAUAGCUGCUUUUCAAAACGGGCUAAGCAAAAAUAGUUCAAGGGCGACAAAAAAAUUAUUAAGUCGGCUUAUGAAAUAUCCCCAACAACUUGGGACGAAAUACUAUGCCGAAGUCCGAGCAAACGAAGACGACCUCAAUGGGCCGACCCAUCGACUGACCUCAGUACAAGCAGAAUCCAGAAAGGAUCAGAGAAAUGAUAUAAGAAGAGAUCUUGUGGCCUCACGACCAAACCAGGAACGACAUCUCCCAUAUGUCAGAACUACCGUUGUAUCCUCAUCUCGCCAUGAAGAAGGCCCACCCCGAUCAAGAACAGGGACUCACUAG